AUGUUGACUAAAUUCGAGUCCAAGUCAUCAAGGGCUAAAGGGGUGGCUUUCCAUCCUAAAAGACCUUGGUGCUUGGUUUCCUUACAUUCAUCCACUAUUCAGUUAUGGGACUACAGAAUGGGUACCUUGAUUGAUCGUUUUGAGGAUCAUGUGGGUCCAGUGAGAACGGUCAAUUUUCAUCCGACUCAACCAUUGUUUGUUUCUGGAGGUGACGACUAUUCCAUCAAAGUUUGGUCCUUAAAUACGAGAAAGUGUAUAUUCACCUUGAAUGGACAUUUGGAUUAUGUUCGUGGAGUUUCAUUUCAUCAUGACUUGCCAUGGAUUUUGUCCUGUUCUGAUGAUCAGACUAUUAGGAUUUGGAAUUGGCAAAAUAGACAAGAGAUUGCUUGUUUAACUGGUCAUAAUCAUUAUGUCAUGAGUGCUCAAUUCCACCCAAGUGAAGAUUUAAUUGUUUCAGCAAGUUUGGAUCAAACUGUGCGUGUGUGGGAUAUUUCUGGAUUGAGAAAAAAGCAUUCGGCUCCUACUUCAACAAGAUCAUUUGAAGAUCAACUUCAAAGAAACCAAUUGCCUCAACAGGAUAUCUUUGGAAAUAUUAAUGCCAUUGUCAAGUAUGUGUUGGAGGGUCAUGACAAAGGUGUCAAUUAUGCCGCUUUUCAUCCUACUUUACCAUUGAUUGUGUCUGCUGGAGAUGAUAGGUUGGUUAAAUUGUGGAGAAUGAGUGAUACUAAAGCUUGGGAAGUUGAUACAUGUAGAGGUCACACUGGUAAUGUAUUGAGUGCUAUUUUCCACCCACAUCAGGAUCUCAUUUUGUCGGUUUCUGACGACAAGACAAUUAGAGUUUGGGAUUUAAAUAAGCGUGUUCCCAUUAAACAAUUUAGAAGAGAACACGAUCGUUUUUGGUUAAUUGCUAGUCACCCUAGCAUUAAUCUUUUUGCCGCUUGCCAUGAUUCGGGAGUAAUGGUUUUCAAAUUGGAAAGAGAAAGACCUGCUCAUGCUCUUUUCCAAAACAGAUUGUUUUACAUCAAUGCUGAAAAGCAAGUGCAAGCAUUUGAUUUCCAAAAGCAAGAAAGCUCAUUGCCAAUGUUGUCCUUGAAAAAAAUUGGUAAAACAUGGUCGUUUAUGAGAAGUUUGGCUUAUAAUCACACCGACAAUUCCAUAUUGGUUGUUCAUGGAGAAGGAGAUAAUUCAAACUAUGCCUUAAUUACGUUGCCCAAACACGCUACUGGUGCCAUUGAACCUACCGAUAUCAGACAAGGAGAAGGUAACUUUGCCACGUUCAUUUCACGUAAUAGGUUUGUAGUGUUUAUCAAAGGGUCAAAGACAUUACAUGUCAAAGAUUUGAGCAAUAAUGUCACCAAAACAAUUCAAUUGGACCUGUCAGUUAAUGACGUAUUGCCAGGUGGUCCAGGACGUGUGUUGUUGGUUAAAGCACACUCAGUGAUCAACUAUGAUGUUCAACAAAAGAAGGAAUUAUCCGAGCUCAGUGUGAACAAUGUCAAAUAUGUGAGCUGGUCCAAUGAUGGUCAAUACUUAGCCCUCUUGUCCAAGCAUACAAUCACCAUUGCUACUAAGGAUUUGGAAUUGAUUACUUCAAUGCAUGAAACCAUUAGAAUCAAGAGUGCGUCAUGGGACGAUUCUGGUGUAUUGUUGUACUCAACAUUGAACCAUAUUAAGUACACCUUGUUGAAUGGUGAUAAUGGAAUCAUCAAGACAUUGGAAAACACCGUGUACAUUACCAAAGUUACUGGAAACUUGGUUUACUGUUUGAACCGUUCUGGGCAAGUUGAUGUAAUCAAGAUUGAUCCAACUGAAUACCGAUUCAAGCGUGCUUUGGUGAACAGAAACUUUGGCGAAGUUUUAAGAAUCAUCAAGAACUCCACUUUGGUGGGACAAAACAUUAUUGGAUAUUUGCAAAAAAAGGGGUUCCCAGAAGUUGCUUUACAUUUUGUUCAAGAUCCGGAAACGAGAUUUGAGUUGGCUUUGGAAUGUAGCAAUUUACAAGUUGCUUUAGAGCAGGCCAAGAUUUUAAACAGUAACCAGGUCUGGGAGAAAUUGGGUGAAGAAGCAUUGUUGCAGGGAAAUAUCGAUAUUGUUGAAUUUGUUUAUCAACAAUUGCACUUGUUUGAUAAAUUGGCAUUCUUGUACUUGUUCAAAGGGGACACCGAAAGAUUAAACAAGAUGACCACUAUUGCUGAACAUAGAGGUGAUGCUUCUGCUGUUGUGCAAAACACCUUGUACAGUAAUGAUGUUAAAAAGAGAUGCGACGUGUACAUCAAAAGCGGCAUGUUGCCAUUGGCAUACACUUUGGCCAAAUCCAACAAUUUGAAUGACUAUGCUGCGCAGAUUUUGGAAGAUGCUGGAGUUUCUGAGAAGGAUGUUGAGUUGCCCGAGUUGGGCGAUGCUGUGCCACUCCCACAACCAAUUGCUGAGCCAGUUACAAAUUGGCCAUUGAAGGAGUCGUCAUUGUCAUACUUUGAAACUGCGUUACUUACUGGUAAAGUUGAGAAUUUGUCACUUGAAGAUGAUGUUGCUAAGGAAGUUACCACAAAUGCAAAUGACGUUAGCUUACAGUAUGAUGAAGAAGUUGAAGAUGGCGAGGAAGAAGGUGAUGCAUGGGAUAUUGAUGAAGAGUUGGACAUUGGAGAUGAUGAUGAUGACGAUGGCAUUAUUGGAGAGGAUUCAACUGCAACUGUUGCAACCGCGGCCACCCUGGAGAAUGAAAUUGGCGAUUGGCUACGUAAUGCCAAAACUCCUGCAACUUAUGUUGCCGCUGGUGCUUUAGGACAAGCAGCAUUAUUGUUGAACAAACAAGUUGGUGUAUCCAAUUUUGAGCCAUUGCGUCAACGAUUUUUGCAAGUGUAUGGUGCUUCGAAAUUGUACUUACCGGGCGUGACUGAUUUACCAGCAAUGAAGACUUAUAUAAGAGAAGAUACCGAUGAAGAGGAUCCCAAAAAGUUUAGACCAAUUGUUCCCGGAUACGAUACCUUGGAAGAACAAUUACAAUUGGCAUUCAAGAAAUUCAAAGCCAAUAAUCUUGAAGAUGCAAUUAAGACUUUCAGAUCGGUCAUUUACACAAUCACAGUGUUGAAUGUAGAUGAUGAAGCAGCCGAGACCAAGUGUCAAGAAGUGUUGGUGUUGUGUCGCGAGUAUAUUCUUGGUUUAUCAAUUGAACUAGCACGUCGUGCCUUACCACCAACCGAUGUGAAGCGUAAUUUGGAAUUGGCAUCUUAUUUCACCAAGGUUCAAUUACAACCAGCCCAUAAGUUAAAUGCAUUGAAUGUGGCCAUGACCCAAUCAUUCAAGAAUAAGAAUUUCGCUAGUGCAUCUUAUUUUGCUGAAGAGUUUUUGAAGAUAUCCAGUACCGGGCCCAGAGCUGAACAAGCCAUGAAAUUGAAGGCUAAAGCUGAUGCUGUUGCUAGUGAUUCAGUUGAGAUUGAUUUUGAUCCAUUUGCUGAGUUUACCAUUUGUUGUGGUAGUUUUACACCUAUUUACAAUGGUGAGCCUAGUGUGACUGAAGCAUUAGUAGGUGCUACUUACAAAUCACAGUUUAAAGGUUCGGUUUGUAAGAUUACUGAAGUUACAACUGUUGGAGUGCCAGCUUCUGGAUUACGUAUAAGAACAUAG